AUGGGUGCUUCCAAUACUCAUCCCUUCAGCUUAUCAAGGCCAAAGUCCUCCAACGAAGCGGUUGACUUGAGCUCUGACAACAUCAAGAUUCAACACAUUGUGAAGUUCCUUUUUGGCUACCAAGUCCAUUGAAACAACAUCGCAAGGGGCAAGCACAGCACAGCACUGCUCAUACUAGCUACCAUGUCUUCCUCUUCCAGCCUUAUCCCCACCGAGGCCGUCGUUGGCACCACCGUUGCCAUGUCGUUCAUCCUUCUCGGCAACGCAAUAACCCAAUCCUUCAUGGGCGUCCCCGCCCUCCUCAUCGGCUUCCCCCACCCCUCCUCCCCUUCCCACGCCAGCGCCGCCAAACACCUGGGCACCCAAUGGCCCGUCUUCUGGAAAGUCGGCAACGUCUUCUUCCGACCCAUCUCCACCUUGGGCAUCCUGGGGUACGGCUACGCCGCCUGGGCCUGUUCGCGCUCCUCUUCCUCCACCCAAGCCUUUGGGGGGUCUACGUCAGGACAAAACGCGUGGAAGUACUAUGCAUAUUGUGCCUUGUGCCACUUGAUCACGGUGGUGCACUCGGCGGUCAAUAUGCAGCCGAUUAAUGCCAAGAUUGAUGGGUUGAGGGAGGGCAAGACGGAUGCGGCGCUGGCGGAGUAUUAUGCGAGGAAGUGGGCGAGACUGAAUUUGGUUAGGUUGGUGAUGCCGGCGGUGGCGGGGACGGUGGCGUUGUGGACUACGUUGAGGGCGGGGAGGGUUGGGGGUGUUAGCUUCCUGUGAAAUGUGAAUGAUGGGAAGACACGAAGUUAUGGUAGGGAUGGCAGAGGCUCCGAAGGUGGCGAGUUCAAGAUAAUUGUUGGAAAGGUGACAAAGACAUGUUUCAAUAUUGCUUGAGACAAAAAGGAAAGAGGGAAGAAAGCACCAGUGUUAUUUAUGUUGGAGGUACAUGGGAAACGAACAAUCGGGAGUAAUGAUGGGGGGAUAAUGGAAUACAAGGGUGUAUGUUACAAUGUUAGCUGCGCUUUUAUCAAUGAAACCGAACAAAGUUUCGUUCGGCG